UUUCCUCUCGCUUUCCUUUCUUUCUUUUCACGUCUUCUGCAGAUUUUUCUCGCCAGGGCUGUGACGGCGGCCACGCUGGUGCCGGACGGGUCGCUGGCGAUGCCGUCCUCGCUCGUAGGCCCAGCGGCCGCGGCGGUCACGCCUUCGGCGGUCGCGGCCCUACAGGAGGCUCUGGAGAACGCAGGGCGGCUCAUCGACCGCCAAGUGCAGGAUGACCGCCUCUAUCCCGACCUGUCGGAGCUGCUCAUGGUGCCGGCCCCAAGUAGUCCCACAGUUUCAGGCAUGUCAGACAUGGAUUAUCCUCUACAAGGACCUGGUUUGCUCUCAGUACCCAAUCUUCCAGAGAUCAGUUCCAUUCGAAGAGUUCCUCUCCCUCCUGAGCUAGUUGAACAAUUUGGCCAUAUGCAGUGUAACUGUAUGAUGGGAGUAUUCCCUGAAAUUGGGAGGGCAUGGCUCACUAUUGACAGUGAUAUAUUUAUGUGGAACUAUGAAGAUGGAGGGGACCUUGCUUACUUUGAUGGACUUAGUGAAACUAUUCUUGCUGUGGGUCUUGUCAAGCCAAAACCUGGUAUUUUUCAGCCUCACGUAAGACAUCUCCUGGUUCUGGCCACCCCUGUAGAUAUAGUUAUUCUAGGACUCAGCUAUGCUAAUUUGCAAACAGGUGUUGGAGUCCUUAAUGACAGUAUGUCUGGUGGAAUGCAAUUACUUCCAGACCCUUUGUAUUCACUACCAACUGACAAUACUUAUCUUCUGACUAUUACUUCUACGGAUAAUGGUAGAAUUUUCUUGGCUGGAAAGGAUGGCUGCUUAUAUGAAGUAGCAUAUCAAGCAGAAGCUGGCUGGUUUUGCCAGAGGUGCAGAAAGAUAAACCACUCAAAGAGUUCACUUUCUUUCCUUAUUCCAUCUUUGCUGCAAUUUACAUUCUCAGAAGAUGAUCCCAUUUUACAGAUUGCAAUUGACAAUUCCAGGAAUAUCUUAUACACUCGCUCAGAAAAAGGUGUGAUACAGGUUUACGAUUUGGGCCAAGAUGGAAAAGGACUAAGCAGAGUUGCUUCUGUUUCACAGAAUGCUAUAGUUUGUGCUGCUGGAAACAUUGCAAGGACCAUAGAUCGUUCUGUUUUUAAGCCAAUUGUCCAAAUAGCAGUGAUUGAAAAUUCAGAAUCCAUAGACUGUCAGUUACUGGCAAUCACACAUGCAGGUGUGAGAUUAUAUUUCAGCACAUGCCCAUUUAGACAGCCAUUUGCAAGGCCCAGUACACUGAUACUAGUUCAUGUCCGCUUACCUCCUGGAUUCUCAGCUUCUUCAACUGUGGAAAAACCAUCAAAGGUUCAUAGAGCCCUCUAUAGCAAAGGUAUUCUACUGAUGGCAGCCUCAGAAAAUGAAGAUAAUGACAUUUUGUGGUGUGUCAACCAUGACACCUUUCCAUUCCAAAAGCCAAUGAUGGAAACCCAGAUGACAACACGUGUUGAUGGUCAUUCUUGGGCUCUCUCUGCAAUAGAUGAGUUGAAAAUUGAUAAGAUAAUAACUCCUUUAAAUAAGGAUCAUAUUCCAAUAACAGAUUCACCAGUUGUUGUACAGCAACAUAUGUUACCCCCAAAGAAAUUUGUCCUUCUUUCUGCUCAGGGGAGUCUUAUGUUUCACAAACUUAGACCUGUGGAUCAACUAAGGCAUCUCCUUGUUAGUAAUUUGGGGGGAGAUGGAGAAGAUAUUGAAAGAUUCUUCAAAUUACAUCAGGAGGACCAGGCUUGUGCAACUUGCCUUAUCUUGGCUUGCUCCACUGCUGCUUGUGAUAGAGAAGUAUCUGCUUGGGCAACUCGUGCAUUUUUCAGGUAUGGUGGAGAAGCACAGAUGCGAUUUCCAUCAGCUCUUCCCCCUCCAAGUAAUGUUGGACCCAUCUUGGGGUCUCCUGUUUAUUCGAGUUCCCCUAUGCCUGUCAGUAGUCCAUAUCCUAAUCCAUCCUUUUUAGGAACACCAUCUCCAGGUGUGCAUUCUCCUGCCAUGUCAACACCAAUGUAUGUUACUGGAAGCCAAGUGUCUCAGUCUACUACAAAUGUUGGUUGUAUGACUGGGCCAGAGAUGGUAUAUUCUGGCAAACACAAUGGUAUCUGCAUUUACUUCUCUCGAAUUAUGGGAAAUAUUUGGGAUGCAAGUUUAGUUGUGGAGAGAGUAUUCAAGAGUGGCAGCAGAGAGAUUAUUGCAAUUGAAAGUAGUGUACCAUCUCAGCUACUAGAAUCGGUGCUACAGGAACUAAAAGGUUUGCAAGAAUUUCUGGACAGAAAUUCACAGUUUGCAGGCGGACCCAUAGGGAACCCACAUACUACCACUGCCAGAGUACAACAGAGACUGAUUGGAUUCAUGCGUCCUGAAAAUGGAAGUUCUCAACAAAUGCAACAGGAAUUACAGAGAAAAUUCCAUGCAGAGGCUCAAGUGAGUGAAAAAAUUUCACUUCAGGGGAUCCAGCAAUUAGUUCGCAAAUCAUACCAAGCAUUAGCUUUAUGGAAACUCCUGUGUGAACAUCAAUUCACCAUCAUUGUAGGAGAGCUUCAGAAGGAAUUUCAAGAGCAAUUGAAGAUCACUACUUUCAGAGACCUGGUCAUUAGAGACAAAGAGCUGACUGGAGCACUGAUUGCUUCUCUUAUCAACUGUUACAUCAGAGAUAAUGCUGCUGUUGAUGGUAUCAGUUCACACUUACAAGAUAUCUGCCCUCUUCUAUAUAGCACAGAUGAUGCAAUUUGUUCCAAGGCAAAUGAGCUUCUUCAGCGUUCCCGACAAGUUCAAAGCAAAUCUGAAAAAGAAAGAAUGUUAAAGGAAUCACUGAAGGAAUAUCAAAAAAUUAGUAAUCAAGUAGAUCUUUCUAAUGUUUGUGCCCAGUAUAGACAAGUGCGUUUUUAUGAGGGUGUUGUGGAACUCUCUCUCACGGCUGCUGAGAAAAAAGAUCCUCAAGGUCUUGGACUCCAUUUCUAUAAACAUGGAGAGCCAGAAGAGGAUACUGUGGGAUUACAGGCUUUCCAAGAGAGGUUGAACAGCUACAAAUGUAUUACAGAUACACUUCAGGAACUUGUCAAUCAGAGUAAAGCUGCUCCUCAGUCUCCCAGUGUGCCUAAAAAGCCAGGUCCUCCAGUUUUGUCAUCAGAUCCCAAUAUGUUGAGUAAUGAAGAAGCAGGACAUCAUUUUGAACAAAUGCUUAAGUUGGCUCAGCGGUCUAAAGAUGAACUUUUUAGCAUUGCUCUUUACAACUGGCUUAUACAAGCGGACCUUGCAGAUAAGCUGCUGCAGAUUGCUUCCCCAUUCCUGGAGCCACAUUUGGUUCGUAUGGCCAAAGUUGAUCAAAACAAAGUCCGUUAUAUGGAUUUACUCUGGAGAUACUUUGAGAAGAACAGGAGUUUUAGUAAUGCUGCUCGAGUGUUGGCUAAACUUGCUGAUAUGCAUAGCACUGAAAUUUCACUUCAGCAGCGUCUGGAAUAUAUUGCUCGUGCCAUUCUUAGUGCUAAAAGCUCCACUGCCAUUUCGUCAAUAGCUGCAGAUGGUGAAUUCCUCCAUGAACUUGAAGAAAAGAUGGAAGUUGCUAGGAUCCAGCUUCAGAUACAAGAUACAUUACAAAGACAAUUUUCCCAUCAUUCUUCAGUGCAAGAUGCAAUUUCACAGCUAGAUUCUGAACUAAUGGACAUAACCAAGCUUUAUGGAGAAUUUGCUGACCCAUUCAAACUUGCAGAAUGUAAACUUGCUAUAAUUCAUUGUGCUGGUCAUUCAGAUCCUAUCUUGGUACAAACACUUUGGCAAGACAUCAUAGAGAAGGAGUUGAAUGACAGUGUGACAAUGAGCUCCUCAGAUAGAAUGCAAGCUCUUAGUCUGAAAAUUGUGCUGCUUGGCAAAAUUUAUGCUGGUACACCUCGAUUUUUUCCUUUAGAUUUUAUUGUACAGUUCUUAGAGCAGCAAGUAUGUAACUUGAACUGGGAUGUAGGGUUUGUGAUACAGACAAUGCAUGAAAUAGGAGUGCCACUGCCCCGACUUUUAGAAGUAUACGAUCAGUUGUUCAAAUCAAGGGACCCAUUCUGGACUAGGAUAAAGAAGCCCUUACACCUUUUGGAUUGUAUACAUGUAUUAUUAUCUAGAUAUGUUGAGAAUCCUAACCAGGUGUCUAAUUAUGAGAGACGACGUUUUACAAAUCUCUGCAUGGAUGCUGUUUGUGGAUAUCUUGUUGAACUCCAGUCUAUGAGCUCAACACUGGCAGUACAAGCAAUUACGGGGAAUUUUAAAUCUCUUCAGGCUAAAUUAGAACGACUUCAUUGAUUAACAUGAUAGAAAUGGACUUUAAAUAUGUGUUCUUUGGAGCUGUAAAGUAAAGGUUCAGAUAUGUGUACCCUAAGCCAGAAGAAUAGUUACCCAAAAGAUCUAGGGAAUUUAGUGCAUUGUACAAUCAAUUGGAUUGUAUGAUUUCUGUGUUCUUACCUUUCUGGUAUAUACAAGUGGUAGAAAAUAUGCCAAAUUUUUUUUUUACUACUAGUAUGUUAGUCCUUUUAAAAAAUCAUUUUUAUGUAGUUGAAAUAACAUGUGUUGCCAAACUAAAACCUGUUUUGAAGUCUCUUUUUCACACCUCGUUAUAUUUAGAGAUUAAAUUUGGCACUAUGAAUGUGUGUGUUUUACAUAUAAAUAUAUGUGCCUCAUUUGUGAUUUUUAUAUUUAAACAUUCCAUUAUCUUAAAAAUAUUUAUAUUUAAGAGAUGUUAGAUUUUCUCUACUUUGAAGGUGGUAGUUUGUGUGUAUUGAUGACAUAUGUUGUAUGGCAUAAUUAAUGUGUUGAUUAAUAUUGAUGAACUGUUUUUUUUUUUUUUUCUCCAAAAUCUUUAUUGCAACAAAUAAUUUACUGGAGAAGGGGGGAGGGGACAUAUUUGCAUAUUUGAAAAUUAACUUAAUGAAGUAAGACAAUAAAAAUAAGUUGUUUCAAAAGGAUUUUCAGAGUAGGAAGCUAGGCCAGUUCCUGAGUCGUGAUUCAGAAAGAAAGUAAAUGGUUUUGGAAAAUUCUACAGGGAUUUUCAGCCAGGAAACUAGGCUAUUCAUCUACUCUCUGAAAUUUAUAUAUUAAAAGAGAUAAGUGACCAAAACUCACACAAGGUAUAAUAAAUCUCUCUCUAUCCUACCAGAAGCAGAGCAGAGUAAGAAUACAUUUUUUAAGUGAAUAGAGCAUAUAUAAGACCAUAUUUUAAUUCUAGAAGUUGUGUGACAAAGGGAGAUAAAUUUUUCCAGUUAUGGCUCUGAUAAUUUCCUUGGGAUCCUGAGAAUAUAUAUUUUCUGUUUCUCCUUAAAAUUUCAUUUCUUAACUCCAGAUUCAGCACUAUAUAUUCUUUGCCUCCCUGACAUUAUACUUCCUGAUCAAGUGCAGCCUCCUCAUGUUCUUUAAUUUUCAGUUUACCAAUUCUGGUAGAAUGAUUCACAAUCACAGUAUUUUAGAGCUGGUAAAGACCAUAAGUUCAUUUAAACUAACUACUUCAUUUUAAAGAUAAGGGUACUGAGACCUGAUGUCACACAGGUUUGCAGAGCCAGGACUAAAGAGUAGGUUUCAGUCCUCACUCAGAUAUUAGAUGAGCUUUAGGAAGAGAAAUCAAUCCUUGUAAUUUUCUUUUUUUUUUUUUUUAAUAAUAGCUUUUUGUUUUCAAAAUAUAUGCAAAAAGAGUUUUCAGCAUUCACCCUUGCAAAAUCUUGUGUUUCAGAUUUUUCUCCAUUCCCCCAUACCUUCCCCUAGACAGCAAGUAAUCUAUUAUGUCAAACCUGUAUAAUUCUUCUAAUACAUAUUUCCACAUUUAUCAUGCUGCACAAAAAAAAAAAAAAAAACAAUAGAUCAAAAUGGAAAAAAGAAUGAUAAAACAAAAAAGUAAGCAAACAACAAAAAAGGAGAAAAUACUGUGUUGUGAUCCACAUUCAGGACUGACAGUCCUCUUUCUGGAUGCAGAUGGCUCUCUCCAUCAUAAGCCUAUUGGGAUUGGCCUGAAUCAUCUCACUGUUGAAAAGAAUCAAAUUCGUCAGAAUUUAUCAUCAUAUAAUCAAGUUCUUCUGGUUCUAUUCACUUCACUUAGCAUCAGUUCAUGUAAGUCUCUUUAGGCUUCUCUGAAAUCAUCCUUCUGUUCGUUUCUUACAAAACAAUAUUCCAUAACAUUUAUAUAUCAUAACCUAUUCAGUCUUUUUCUAUCUGAUGGGUAUCCACUCAGUUUCCAGUUUCUUGCCACUACAAAAAGGACUGCUACAAACAUUUUUGCACUUAGGGGUCUCUUUCCUUCCUUUAAGAUCUCUUUGGGAUAUAAGCUCAGUAAAAACACUGCUGGUUCAAAGGGUAUUCACAGUUUGACAGCCCUUUAGGCAUAGUUCCAAAUUGCUCUGCAGAAUGGUUAGAUCAAUUCACAACUCUACCAACAAGGUAUUAGUGUCCCAGUUUUCCCACCUCCCCUCCAACAUUUAUCAUCUUUUCCUGCCAUCUUAUCCAAAAUGAGAGGUGUGUAAUGAUAACUCAGUUUUCCUAAUUUGCAUUUCUCUGAUCAACAGUGAUUUAGAGCAUUUUUCAUAUGACUAGAAAUGAUUUUAAUUUCUUCAUUUGAAAAUUGUUCAUAUCCUUUGAAUUUUAUCAAUUGGAGAAUAACUUGUAUUAUAAAUUACAAAUUAUAAAUUCUCUAUAUUUUAGAAAUGAGGCCUUUAUCAGAAUCAUUGAAUGUAAAAAUCUCUUCCCAGUUUUCUGCUAACCACCUAAUCUUGUCUGCAUUGGUUUUGUUUGUACAAAAACUUUUUAAUUUAAUGUAAUCAAAAUUAUCCAUUUUGUAUUCAAUAAUGUACUCUACUUCUUUGGCCAUAAAUUCCUUCCUUCCUUCACAGAUCUGAGAGGUAUAUUAUUCUUUGUUCUUCUAAUUUGCUUAUAGUAUCGCUCUUUAUGUCUAAAUCAUGAACUCAUUUUGACUUGAUCUUUGCAUAGAGGGUUAGGUGCUGGUCAGUGCCUAUUUUCUGCCAUACUAUUUUUCAAUUUUCCCAGCAAUUUUUGUUAGAGAAUUCUAAUCCCAGAAGAUGGGUUUUUUGCGGUUUUCAAAUAUGAUAUUCCUAUAGUCACUAACUACUAUGUCUUGUGAAUCUAACCUAUUCAUUGGUCACUAACUCUAUUUCUUAGCUAGUACAAAAUGCUUUUAAUGACCAUUGCUUUGGUUUAGUACAGCUAAGAAGACCACAUAUUAAACAUGACCUGUGUCUUAUUGAAUUAUUUUUGUUGUUAAACUAUUUCCCAACUACAUUUUAAUGUGGUUCAAGACAAAACAGCUAUGUAUUAGCUCCUUUGUAGUACAAGAUUAAGUUUGGCCUUAGGAAGACCUGAUUUCAAGCCUUUGUUAUGCACUAUGUUAUGACUAUAGGUAAGUUAACAUUUAAAUUUUUUACCCCAGGUGAAUAUAAGUUAUGGAUGAGUUGCCCAUUUUUAGUGGAAGGAAUUCUCUACACUGAUCAAAUGACGGGUCCAUAUCACUCCCACCAAAUAAAAAGUUGGACAAUAUAAUAGAAAACCUGAAAAAAAUCAAGAGAAGCAAUUGGCAAAUUACACUGGAAAGUAAUAUUGUACAUAAUGUAUAUCAGAUAAAAAAAAUUAAAGAGUUGUAAGAAAUACAAAUAUAAAUGAUAAGUUUAAUAGAUCAAGAAGCAUUAAAUUUCUGACUUGCUGAAAUAUGGAAAAUAUAGAAAAUUCAAAAUUUCUAAUUCCAAUCAAGAAAAUCUUGUAGAAUUAGAAAAUAAAAAAUAGAUAAGGAUAAGUAUAGCAACUGAUCCUUAAUUUUAUUGGUGUAAAGACCUUUCAGAUUAAAAAAACUUCCACUUAAUGAUGCAAAUCUAAACAACUUAAAAGUUACCUGAAACCCUAAAUUUGAAUAGCUGUGUAAAGAGAAAAAAUUUAGACUGCCAAAAUUCACAAUUCAUCUUACUUAGAUAUAAUUCUAACAUAAUAAAAAAUAGAAAAAUUUCUGCAAGCUGCAGGAAAGAAAUACAUGCCAAGUAAUUUUGGAAUCAGCAUAGAUUUAUUUAUUUAUUUAUUAUUACAUUUAUUGAUGCCAUUUGCUUUUUUAUAUCUCAUUCACUUCCAAUUAUACUUCUGCUACCCAGCAUAGAUUUUCUUAAAAUGUCUAAGCAUUUUUAUCAACUUGUCUUAAAUACUAUUUAUAUUUAAUGAUGGCAUAUGAGAGACGUGUUUUAGGGUUGAAUAAUGUUCAACUUAAUAAUGAGGAGAUCAUUUUAAGAACAGAGACAAAAUUGUUCUUUGUGUGUAUAUUCUUGUUGGUUUAAUUUAUUAAUGCCCUUGAAAUUAUGUGGAAUACAAAAAUUGUUCUGUUGACCUUAUACCCUCAUAUAUUGUCCUAUGUUUCCCCCUAUCUCAACUAAACUAGGAAAAGUUGUUUAGUAUUCAUUUCAUACCCUUCCUUUCAUCUCUUCAGCAUUUUGAAAUUUGUCUCCCAAUUUCAUUACUCUAUUGAAAUUUUCUCCAAAAUAAUUAAUAACUUUUUAAUUGCCAAUUUAAAAAAAAAUUAUUUGUUUUGCUGAGACAAUUGGGGUUAAAUUACUUGCCCAGGAUCACACAGCUAGGACAUGUUAAGUGUUUGAAGUCAGAUUUGAACUCAGGUUCUCCUGACUUCAGAUCUGGUGCUUUAUCUGUACUACCUAACUGCCCAAUUGCCAAAUUUUAUUGUCUUAGCCCUAAUUUUGUGAUCUCUCUGCUUCAUUUGAUAUAAUUUACUACUGUAACCUCCUAACCCUCCUCUCAGUUUUUAUGACACGUCCCUUCUUGUAUAUUCUAUCUAUCUGGUUGCUCCUUUUCAAAUCUCCUGUCAUGGUUCCUGAUCCAUUUCAUGCUCCUGACUCUGGGUGUACACCAAUCCUAUAACUUUUGUCUCUCUAUAUUUUUUUGAUUGACCUUAUUGGCUUCCGUGAAUGAUUCAUACAAAGAUCAAUAUGUCCAUUCACAUUUUCUCCUGAGUUUCAGUCCCACAUCAUCAAAUGCCUAUUGAACAUUUCAAACUGGAUUUCAAACCUAAAUUCUUUUCAAGCACAUGUCCAAAACAAAAUACAUUUAUCUCACAGAAUCUACCCCAAUUUUAAGUUUUCAUAUUUCUUUGGAAGGUACUCCUAUCUUUCAGACUCUCAUGUUCGUAAUCUAUGUGGCAUUAACUUUAACUUCUCUUUAUAUAUAUUGAGUUGCCACUGAACUCAUUAUCUCCCAAUUUAACCCUUACUUUCUGCUCACAUAGAUAGCACCUUAUCACCUCUCACCUAGACUUUUGCAAUGACGUAAUUGGUCUCCCUGCCUUCAAGUCUCUUCCCCAGUCUAAUCCAUUUCCCACACAGCUAUCAAUAUAUAUUGUUUUUUAGCACACAUCUAAGCAUGUCUCUCCUCUCUUCAUUAUACUGCAAAUUUCAUGAUCAUAUCAUCUGUCCCUUGAUCUAAGGCAAAGCUGUAGAACAGCACAGGACUAAUCCCUUGUGAUUCUCCAAUGAAGAUUUCUGCAAUGAGAACUAUUUGAAUGGAUCUGAAUCCCUCUGACUGUAUUAUCAUAUGACCCACAUCUUACAAUGGAGUAUUUACUUAAAGAUUUAAUCACAAAUAUACAAACUUAUUCCCCAACAAGUAGAGCUUAAUUCUCCUUAAUACCACCUUAUUUUCCCAGAAGGGAAAAGGGAAUUAAGUCACAGUUUAGCUUCAUUCCUGUAGAGCAUAGUCCCAAGUUCCAAGACCAAAAAGUUAGACUUUUUAUAGUAUAGUUAGACUAUUUAUAGUAUAAGCAGAAUCUAACCCAGGUUCACUUCAGCCCUAAAGUAUUUGAAUCUUACUUCCUGGCCUCUACAAGCCCGAACAUUUCAACUUCUCUGGGCUUCCUUGAUGGACUGGCUGACUGCAACAUUCUCCCAGAAAACUUGGUUCCAAGAUCUCUAUGACUCAAACUCUUAACUGAGUUGAGUUUGCCAAUGGUAACUGAAACUGCAGACAAACACAACAGAGACCUCAGGCCAAAAGAAACUUGUGACGAUCGCGCUAACACCCAGAACACCCCAGAAUCGGCCGGAGUCAGGAUAAGCAAAAGUCUUUAGUCUUGGUCUUUAGGGAUAGAAGUGAACAGGAUGGAAGCAAAAUCUCCGCAACUGUCUUCGACCUCGUCUACUGCUAAAGUGACCCUGGCUCGUCUUACUCCACCCCCUAGUCCCUCCUACAAUUCUCUGUAUACACCAAUCAUUGAGCCAGCACAGGGUAGUGGAAGGACUGUUUUCCAAGCAUAUGCCCAUAGAGUAUUGUCCAAUCAGCAAUGAGCCCUCAGUGCAACAACUCAAAAGUUUCAGCCCUCUACAGAAACUUGGAAGGCAAGGAGCAAAAAGAGUAGUAAAGGUAUCCCACUCCAUAACAUCUCCCAAACUAGUUCAUUAGUCAGCCGCACAUAGCUGAACUAUGGUUUUCAGUCUUUGGUUACAAGAGGAAGGAGCAUGCAGGUUAAAGAGAAACUGCCCCUGCCUGACCAUUUUAAUUUUAUUUUUUUGCUGAGGCAAUUGGGGUUAAGUGGUUUACCCAGGGUCACACAGCUAGGAAGUGUUAAGUGUCUGAGGUCGGAUUUGAACUCGGGUCCUCCUGAUUUCAGGACUGGUGCUCAAUCCAUUGCACCACCUAGCUGCCCUUAUCUGACCAUUUUUAAAGACAACUUGUUCUACUAUGCCCAAAGGGCUAUAAACCUGUGCAUACUCUUUGAUCCAGCAGUGUCUUUACUGGAUCUGAAUUUUAAAGAAAACAUAAAAUGGGGAAAAGGACUCAUAUAUAAUGGCUGAAUAAGUUAUGGUAUAUGAAUGUUAUGGAAUAUUAUUGUUCUAUAGGAAACAAUCAGCAGAUAAUUUCAAAAAAGCCUGGAGAGACUUACAAGAACUGAUGCCAAGUGAAAUGAGUAGAACCAAGAAAACAUUUUACAUAGCAACAAGAAGAUUAUGUGAUGACUUCACAAUUGUGAUGGACUUUUUGACAAUUUCAACGAUUAAGUAAUUCAGGGUAAUUCCAGUAGUCUUGGAAUGGAGAGAGCCAUCUGCAUUCAGAGAGAGGAAUAUGGGGACUGAAUGUGGAUUAGAAUAUAGUAUUUUCACAUUUUUUUGUUGCUUGCCUGAUUUUUUUUCUCAUUUUUGCCCCUUCUGGUUUGCUUUUUCUCAUGCAGCAUGAUAAAUGUAGAGAUAUUUAAAAGAAUUGAUUAUUUUUAACCUAUAUUUAACUUGUUAUUUACUGGAGGGAAGGAGGGAAACAGAAAAUUUGGAACAAAGUUUUGCAAGAGUGAAUGUUAAAAACUAUCUUUGCAUGUGUUUUGAAAAAAAAAACCUCUUAUAAAAAAGAAAAUUAUGGUUUAUGAGUGUAAAUGGAAUAUUAUUGUUCUAUAAGAAAUGAUAAGCAGGUUGAUUUCAGAAAAGCCUGGGAAGAUUUACAUGAACUAAUAUUGAAUGAAGCAAGCAAAAUCAAGAGAACAUUGUACACGGUAAAAGUAGCAAGAUUAUAUGAUGAUAAACUAUGAUAGACUUAACUUUUCUCAGCAAUGUGAUGAUCCAAGAUAAUUCCAAAAGACUUGGGAUGGAAAAUGCCAUCUGCAUCCAGAGAGAGAACUAUGGAGAUGAGAUAAUAAAUAAUUAUAUGAUUAAGGAAGUGAUUGAAAUGAUUUUUAAAAAUGUUAUUAUAUAAAAAUUUAUACUAAUAAAUUUUAAGAUUCUAAAAGCAAUAAAUGCUUAUAAAAUUUAAAAUUGACAUAGGGUCCGUAAGUUAGGAUUAAGGUGUUUCCUUUCCAUUUCCUCAUUCAGGGACCAGCUAUUAUAGAUCAUUCAGUCAGUAUCUGGUCUUAACUUUAGGGAACAUGUUCCACGAAUUUGGGUGGACCCUACCCAAUCAGGGGACCUUACUUUUGUUUAUAGUAUAAACAUAAUCUAAUUCAGGUUCCUUUCAGCCCUAAAGUAUUUGAAGCCAUGCCCAUGUACCUCUCCAUUGCAGUCUAAAAGAACUUAGUUCAUGAAGGAGAAAAUCUACUAGAAUAGUCAAGAGUAAAAAUGAAUUCUUUGUCCAUAUUGCUAGAGGCAGCUGAGUCAUGAUCUAGUCAUAAGUGGGAGAAACUGAAGACUUAGCCCACUUCUUCAUUAAUAUGUCCAAUCCAUCAUUAAUUAUUCACCAAUCAGAGUUGAUUUCCCCCCUCUCACUACUGUCUAACACCUUUUUCCCUCCCAAAGGUAUUUAAGCAAUCAGUGAUCUCUAUGGCUUUAUCUUUGGUUGUUGAGAAAGCAAAUAAUUACCAAUUUGUUAAUUGUUAUGUAGUUUAGUUAAUAAAUUAAGUGCCCUGAAA